CGCUUAUGUUUUUUUGGUGUUAUCAGUUCGUAGUACAUACCUACUUUAUUCCAGAGGUAGAAUUGUUUGACAGCCGCAAUUUUGCAGACGUGUUUAUUUCAAUAGGAAGAAAUAAAAUUAAAGAAAAAUGCUGAAUUUAAACAUACAAACACAUAUGGACUUCGUUGGCCAACACAAAGCUGAGAUGUACUCUCGCUUCAUCAUCACCCUUUUUGGAGUUGUUGGUUUAAUCUGGGGAGCAAUAACUCAACAAUUCUCUCAAACUGUUUAUACACUGGGAGCUGGGUUCAUUUUAGCUUCAUUGUUGACAAUUCCUCCCUGGCCUAUGUACAGACGCAACCCUCUAAAUUGGCAGAAACCAAAACCUGAGCCAUCAAGUGGCGGAAGCAAUGGUGAUGAAAAUAAACAAAAGAAGAAAAAAUAAACCACAUAUAUUAUUACAAAGGCAUUCCCGUAUUAUGUUAAAAGAUUAGCAUAUAUCUCACCACAAAAAUAAAAUAUACAAAAUAGCUACAAUA